CCAUUGGCUUUCUUUCCUCUAACGUGUCGUAAACAGAUGAAGGGCUGUGCGUCAAGAGCUAAUAAUGAUAUGGACGUUCAUAUAAAGUUGUUAUUAUAAUCGAACCGUAAGAUCUGAAAAGAACUGACGUUUUUGUCUUGACGGUGAAACAAAAAUGGAGAAUAUUCAAAAUCUUCCAAUAGAUAUUCAAACCAGCAAGCUUCUGGACUGGCUGCUGGAUCGACGACACUGUAAUCUGAAAUGGCAAAGUACAGUGAAAACCAUCAGAGAGAAAAUCAAUGCUGCCAUACAGGACAUGCCAGAGAACGAGGAGAUCAAGCAGCUUUUGUCCGGCUCCUACAUCCAUUAUUUUCAUUGCCUGAGGAUUGUGGAGCUACUGAGAGGAACAGAAGCGUCUUCUAAGAAUAUCUUUGGCAGAUAUUCUUCUCAAAGGAUGAAGGACUGGCAGGAGAUUGUUUCCCUUUAUGAGACAGAUAAUGUCUAUUUGGCUGAGGUUGCCAGCUUGCUUUGUCGCAAUGUGAGCUAUGAAGGCCCGGCUCUAAGAAAGCAACUUGCCAAAGCAAAGCAGCUGCAGCAGGAAAUGAGCAGGCGGGAAGUUGAGUGUCAGAACUCUGCUACGAAUCUGAGGGAAAAAUACUAUGCUGCCUGCAAACAGUAUGGCAUCACAGGAGAAAAUGUAGCACGUGAGCUUCAGGCUCUGGUCAAAGACUUACCUGCAGUUCUUGAGGAAAUUGGAAAGGAUACAGGGGAAAUAGAAGAGCAAAUCCAACUUUACGCCGCUUUCACAAACUUUGUAUGUGAGUGGUCCGAGCCGGUUCUACCCAUGCUGACAUUUGUUCAGAAGAGAGGAAACACAACAUUUUAUGAGUGGAGAACGAGGAACGUACCCACAGUUGUUGAGAGGCCACGUGUGGAGGAAGCAGGUCCUGAGGCUGAAACAGAGGAUACAAUUGAUUGGGGUGACUUUGGCAAAGGAACAAAUGCUGCCGAUGUUUCCGUCAUCACUGUGGAGGAUGGUGUAGACUGGGGUAUCAGUCUGGAGCCAAGUUGUGGGGAAACCAAUGAAGGAGCCAUUGACUGGGGUGACAAUGAAGCAGCUCCCUUAGAAAUUGAAGUUGUUGAUGGGGGAACAGACUGUCCUGAGGGUGUGGCAAGAGGACAAGAUGCUUUAACUCUGCUAGAGAACUCUGAGUCCCGCAGCCAGUACAUUGAUGAACUCAUGGAGUUGGAAGUGUUCCUAAUGCAGCGCAUCAGUGAGAUGGCAGAGGAGGGAGAUGUGGUGUCAAUGAGCCAGUUCCAGCUGGCUCCUUCUGUCAUCCAAGGCCAAACACAGAAGCACGUCCAGAACAUGCUGUCUGUUGUGCAGGACCUUAUAGGACGACUCACCUCUCUUCGGAUGCAGCAUCUGUUUAUGAUUCAGGCCUCACCUCGGUAUGUUGAACGCGUGACAGAGGUGCUGAGACAGAAGUUAAAACAGGCGGACAUUCUAGUACUAAAAAGUCAAUCCAUGGUUGAGAGGAGACAGGAAGCCCUCGAAGAGCAAGCGAGACUGGAGCCUCGUGUGGACCUGCUGACAGGGUGUACCCGGGAACUCCAACAACUGAUUGAAGCAGACAUUUCAAAGCGAUAUCACAACAGGCCUGUAAACCUGAUGGGUGUUAACAUAUAAUACGCUUUUGAGAGCCUCACAAGAAGCAUUUUGUAAUUAACGUCAAGGAAAAUAAAAAUAUUUAAUUUGAA